UGUGGCGUCGUGGGUCCUUCGCGCCUCUCCGGGGGUCAGCGCCCAAGGACGGGCGCGGGCGGGGGUACUUGACAGCCAGCAGCUGGAGCCAGUCCUCGCGUACAGGCCCGCACUGGCACCUCCGGCCUCAGAGCCCGCUUCGUUUUGAGCCCUCACGAUUGCGAGUCGCUGAUUCGCAGCAGCCUCCAGGACUGCAGCUCGAGAGGACGGCGUCCUUUGCCCAUAAGCUGUCCCCCAUAGUCACGCUCUGCACUGUGAGGUGCAGCAUUUGACGAGUCAUCCCACACACCCACACCUCUUGCACCCACGUCUGCGUUAACUUCGCUCUUAACUUCCUAAAUUUGAGACCCCUCCCCUCUGCCUCCAGAAGAGGUCUUUCCCCCCGCCGCUUCCGUAAAAUUGAGAGUUAGGAAUUCCGGGUAUCCUGCAGAAAUCUUACUUUUAAGACUGAGAACCCAUUUAAUACCCCCAGAAAAGUUCAUGCUUACUAUAGAAUUGGUGGGCAAAGUGACACCAAGUGCACACAGGAAACUAUGGCCGAGCAUGGGGCUCACAUCACAACUGCUUCUGUGGUGGAUGACCAGCCAUCCAUCUUUGAGGUGGUAGCACAAGACAGUUUAAUGACAGCAGUGAGACCUGCUCUUCAGCAUGUGGUCAAGGUUCUUGCAGAAUCAAACCCUGCCCGCUAUGGCUUCCUUUGGAGGUGGUUUGAUGAAAUCUUUACCCUGCUAGAUCUUCUGCUUCAGCAGCAUUAUCUGUCUAAAACCAGUGCCUCAUUUUCUGAAAACUUUUAUGGCUUAAAGCGGAUUGUAAUGGGAGAUACACACAAGCUUCAGAGACUGGCCAGUGCUGGUCUCCCAAAGAAGCAGCUUUGGAAGUCAAUUAUGUUCCUGGUUCUUCUUCCCUACCUGAAAGUGAAGCUGGAGAAACUGGUUUCUAGCCUGAGAGAAGAGGAUGAAUAUUCUAUCCAUCCCCCUUCUUCCCGCUGGAAACGAUUUUACAGAGCCUUCCUGGCUGCCUAUCCAUUUGUUAACAUGGCCUGGGAAGGCUGGUUUCUUGUACAACAGCUUCGAUACAUCCUUGGAAAGGCUCAGCAUCACUCCCCACUGCUGAGUCUGGCUGGAGUUCGGCUAGGUCGACUUACAAUUCAGGACAUACAAGCUCUGGAGCACAAACCAGCGGAAGCCAGCAGGAUGCAGCAACCAGCCAGGAGCGUUAGUGAGAAGAUAAAGUCAGCUCUGAAUAAAGCUGUGGGGGGUGCUGCCUUAUCCCUCUCUACCGGCCUUUCUGUGGGUGUAUUCUUCCUGCAGUUCCUUGAGUGGUGGUACUCAUCUGAAAAUCAAGAAACCAUCAAAUCAUUGACUGCCCUGCCUACUCCACCACCACCUGUACACCUAGACUACAAUUCUGAUUCUCCUCUGUUACCCAAAAUGAAGACUGUGUGCCCGCUGUGUCGUAAAACCCGGGUGAACGAUACUGUUCUUGCCACCUCUGGCUAUGUGUUUUGUUAUCGCUGUGUGUUUAAUUAUGUGAGGAGUCACCAAGCUUGUCCUAUCACAGGUUAUCCAACAGAAGUACAACAUCUAAUUAAACUGUACUCCCCUGAGAACUGAGAACAAAAUUAUUGCACUGUAAGGCCACAGGGCUGGUUUUCAGCAUGGUACAUAGCAUUGUUUGAUACUUCUCAGCCUCAAUUCAUAAUUGUGUGAACUUUAAACAACUAUAUGGAUUUCUUUAAAAGGAUAUACCCAUUGAUCUUCACCUUUUAGCUUGCUCUCUGGACCCCUAUUUAGAGUUGACCAAGCUGGUUAGAGUAAGAGAAUCAGGCUUGGCAGGGGAUGUGAGGGUCAGUGUAGAGGAAGUAGAUAAAAGAGGAUAAUUAGCACAGAACCUUUUCCUGUCCCCUUCCUUAAAGGACAAGAGGUAUAGAAGCUCUCAGGAAAAACCCAAGUUAGACCUCAUAAGGUGGGUGGCGACAGGGAAGCAGUCUUUUUCUUUAGGGAAAAAAGCAUUUAUCUGCCUAGGAGGAAUAGGUUUUAUCAGAUUGCAAACUGUGAAAUGUGGACCCGCUCUUCAUAGAAAUACUUAGAAACAGUUUAGAAAAACUAUAGCUCCUUCCAUAUACUGUGACCUAUUUGUUAAGUAACAUCUGCUAUAGUUUAUCAACUUUUAAAGAUUUCUUUGAGUCAUACAUAUCUUUCUUGGGAAACUGAUUAAAGGAAAAUAGGAGUUGAGUGUAUAUAGAGAGUAGUCUGAAGAUUUCAGUGUAAAAGCAAAGCUAAUAAGCAAUGAAGAGACGAAGUAAAAUACUGAUCUAACUAUGACUAUGUAAAGAAAGGAUCCUUCCAUAAGCACUUUCUGCUUCCUGUUAAGAGGUUGCUAAACUGGCAUGAAUUAUUCUGGCUAUUACUAAAGUUUCUAUGAAACACUUAAGUAAAUUUUAAGAAUAAACGUUUUUGGCAAAGAGCUGUUACAUGUUGUCAUGAUUAUGCUGAAACUGGAAGAUUACCUGAGGU